AUGGCAGACGCAGAUCUAGAAGAGAUCCGACGCGCUCGUCUCGCGCAACUCCAGCAACAACAGGGACCCCGUGGAGGUGGUCAGGAUGGUGGUGAACAGGCACAGCAGCGGAGACAAGCUGAGGCCGAGCAACGCGCUUCGAUAUUGAUGCAAAUCCUCGACCCCGCCGCUGCCGAUCGUCUGGGCCGCAUCCGUAUGGUUAAGGAGUCCCGCGCAACCGAUAUCGAGAACCGUCUUAUCAUGCUCGCUCAAAGCGGACAGCUGCGACAAAAGGUGACCGAGGAGCAGCUCAAGGAGUUGCUGGGAGCUGUUGCAGAGAACCAGCGCAAAGAGGAGGAGGAGCAGAAAAUUGUUAUCUCUCGCCGCAAAGGUGGCUGGGAUGAUGAUGACGAUCUGUUGGACCUGUAA